GGCGGAAGCUGAUCAUUGCCGUUCUCGUAAAGGCGGAAACUAACCAUCUUGAAGCGGUAGUGUGUAAUCCGAUCUUGACAGCGAAUAACGGGAAUAGCACACACGGCAACGCUCAUAAACGCAGCUCCAUGGCAGAAGGCGAUAUACGGAGCUGUGCAAUAUGCGCUCACUAUCGCAGUUGGGAGAGGCAGACAUCGAGGCGAGCUAUUCCCCAGCAGAUUUACCCGUCAACGCUUCAGGAGAUAACAGACGGAGUCCCGCUCCCGAUGACAUAGAAUGCUCUUCUGACUUCUGGCCUGCGCUCGGCGGGGUGCAGGCUCCUGCGCCAAAAGCUGACAGAGCAGCCAAGCAUGGCUCCUUAUCAAGCGCCGAAUAUAAGGAGGAGAAACUACCGUUCUUUGGGCCGCCUGAUCCUGCUCGGUGGCCGGCGGAAAAGUCAUUCUUUCUCGCUGGCUUUCUGUUCUUUCCCUGCUGGAUCUUCGGAGGUUUCUGGCGAAGAGGUGUGUCUGAAUGUGAUACCUUCGCAGAGCUGUUCCGGUGGCGCUGUCAGGUUAUGGCGAUGCUGGCCGUUGUGAUAGGUGUCGGCCUGCUGGCCGUGGAGAUUACGUCCAGGGAGUGAAGGUUGUAGCUUUGGAGUGAGGCAAACACUGUGAUAUCAAGAGUACAAGCCACUCCCCAGCUAAUCCAGGAUACAUAGGAACGAUA